UAUAGUCGUGUUUCGGCACUUGUAAUAACAAUACUUGUAAGCGUAUAUCGUGUAUAAAUUUCCGUGCUUACAUCCAUUUUCAUAUUAAAGCAUAUUUAUUGCACAUAAAUUAAAAUUUGACAUAUACAACAUAUUACGUAUAUAAAUAUAAAGUAGAUUAAUAAUGGGUGCUGUACUUGGCUGUAUCGCAGGAGCUAGUGCAUUGCCACUUUUGGGAUUCGGAAUGUCAGGAAUAAUCAAAGGAUCAUUGGCCGCUAGUUGGCAAGGCCCAGCAGUAGUGUCUGGAUCGUUGUUUGCGACAUUACAGUCAUUAGGUGCUACUGGGUUAGGAAAUUUAUUGUUUGGAGCAGUUGGAUUAGUUGCUGUCGCUGUACACAGAAUGUGGGUCUUUUUUUGGUUUUAAAAAGGUCAUUUAUUUUUUUGCUUUCAAAAUCAUAUUUACAUAAGUAACAAAUGUCCUUAAACAACUUGAACAAUAAUUUUAUAAAAACAAUUUUUGGUUUGUCAUCAUAUGAUGUGUCUUACGAUAAUACCGUAUGCUUAUUUUUCUUGUAACAAAUUUUUUCUUACUAACUAUGUUAUUGUACUUAUUUUUUAAAGCUAUGGUAAAAAAAAAUAAAAUACAAAUUAAAAAAACCAUAGAAGCCAUUUUGUAUA